AAAGAAUGGUAGAGCCUGGUCCCGGCCCCACUCCAAGGCUGGCCCUGCGGGCCCCUGCUACCAGCCCACUGCUGCUCCCCAACCGGGCUCCCCCAGCCUCCCUCCCGGCCCUCUGAUGAAAAUCUUCUAGAACUGGGUGGGCUUGGCCAUUCUCCACUCUGGCCACUGGCACCAAGCCUGAUAUUGGGGUUGGAGGAGAAAGUCACCUCAGAACAAGGGAGGAACCGGGGGUGUCACAGGCAGGAAAGCACUUUGGAACAUGUAUUGGAGCUGUUCGGGGAGCUUCCUUUCUUCCCUAUGUAACUGUGAUCUCUCUUCAAUGAGGUGUCUGGGCGGCAGCCAUCAGGUUGCUAUGGGAAUUCCGUGUAACAGCAUGAAAGGACAAACACCCCAGUGAUGUUGAUGUGCCUGGCCUGAAGAGACGAGUGUGAACAGUUCUUGUGCCAACCUUAAUUUCACUGCGAUGGCAACAGAUUCGGGCGAGCCGGCGAGCACCGAAGACUCGGAAAAACCUGAUGGGGGCUCUUUGGGCAGCGGAGUUCUCCCGGUGGCCGCGGGGUUAGCGAUGGAGACGAGGCCAAAGGAAGACGCCGGCGGCUUCCCCACAACUGGGGAGCCCUCCGGGAGGACCGCCGAGAGGACCAGGGUCUUUCGGAAGAGCACGGAGAUGAUGGACGAUGAGCAGGGUUCGGAGCCAUCUCCUAAAGCCGACCACCCCCGGAGCACUCCAAAAACAGCUCGCCUGGCUAGCCCCGGGAGACCAUCAGGCUCCAAACCGACUUCUGAGACCUCUAAGGAGAAAAGCGAAAAAGAGAUAGAGGAAGAAGCAGAAAUGAAGGCAGUGGCCACUUCCCCGAGUGGCCGCUUCCUGAAGUUUGACAUCGAGCUGGGCCGAGGAGCCUUCAAGACAGUGUUUAAAGGGUUAGACACAGAAACCUGGGUGGAGGUCGCCUGGUGUGAGUUACAGGACCGGAAACUGAGUAAAGCCGAGCAGCAGAGAUUCAAAGAGGAAGCCGAGAUGCUGAAGGGGCUUCAGCAUCCUAACAUAGUCCGAUUCUACGAUUCUUGGGAGUCCACAGUGAAAGGGAAAAAGUGCAUUGUCCUUGUGACCGAGCUCAUGACAUCGGGCACUUUAAAAACGUACUUGAAACGAUUUAAGGUCAUGAAACCAAAGGUGUUAAGGAGCUGGUGCCGGCAGAUCUUGAAGGGUCUGCAGUUCCUACACACGAGGACGCCACCCAUCAUCCACCGGGACUUGAAGUGUGACAACAUUUUCAUCACUGGCCCAACUGGCUCAGUGAAGAUCGGGGACCUGGGCCUAGCCACCUUAAUGCGCACAUCAUUUGCCAAGAGUGUGAUUGGAACCCCGGAGUUUAUGGCUCCAGAAAUGUACGAGGAACAUUAUGACGAGUGUGUCGAUGUCUAUGCCUUUGGUAUGUGUAUGCUAGAGAUGGCGACUUCCGAAUAUCCGUACUCUGAAUGCCAGAAUGCUGCUCAGAUCUACCGCAAAGUGACCAGCGGAAUAAAACCAGCUAGUUUCAAUAAAGUGACCGAUCCAGAAGUGAAGGAGAUCAUUGAAGGGUGUAUCCGGCAGAACAAACGAGAAAGGUUAUCCAUCAAGGACCUCUUAAACCACGCAUUUUUCGCUGAGGACACAGGGCUGAGAGUGGAGUCGGCUGAGGAAGAUGACGGCUUCAAUUCUUCAUUGGCUUUAAGACUCUGGGUGGAAGAUCCGAAGAAACUGAAGGGCAAACACAAGGACAACGAGGCUCUGGAAUUUAGCUUUAAUUUAGAGACAGAUAUUCCGGAACAAGUAGCAUAUGAGAUGGUAAAAUCUGGCUUCUUCCAUGAGAGUGAUUCCAAAGCUGUUGCUAAGUCCAUUAGAGAUCGGGUUGCUUUGAUAAAGAAGACGAGGGAGAGGAAGCAGGCUGGCCUCUUGGGGGAAGAGCGCCGGGAUUCUCAGAGCAAGCCUCCACAACCAAGUACUUCUCACCUGGCUGGAACUGAGUGUGAAGAGACAGAGGUUGAUCAGCACGUGCGAAAACAGCUCCUCCAAAAACAACAGAUCCAACCGCAUCCCUGUCCUGCCUCGGUUCCUGCUGAUGGUUUGCCCGAGACGGGAGUCGGGGCGGUCAAGCAUCCCGAUUCUUCAAGUCAACACACCGUGGCCUACUGCCCAGAUCCAACAACAGUUCCUGCCAAGGUUUCUCACAUUCCCCAGGCUGAAGCCCAACUUCCAGGGCACCCAUACCCACCUCAGCCACUGGUGGGACAUUACCAGCAAAUGCCAGGGGUCCAGCAGCAAGCAACCCUUUCUCAGGCCCAGAUAUUUGUUCAGCAGUUCUCCCAGAGAGUGGAGCUGCAGCAGCCCUUCGGAGCGGAUGGCCAGACGUCCAAUCCGCCGACCUUGCCCUCCACUCAGCACCCUGCAGCAGGCAUCUUGCUCGAUCACAGCCUUCGGAAAGGGAGUCAGAUGGUGGGCCCGGCCCUGGAUGCUGAGCAGCCUUCCGGCUUCUUGCCAAAUCUCCCCACUACUCAGUACGUGACUAGUGCCCAGGGGCCCCUCGGGGUAGCCCAGCAGCUUCCAGCUUCUCUGGUCAGCCAUCAAGGCCAUCAAGGAGCCCAGCUCGCUGCCCCCCAGCUGCCUUUAGUGUCCCAGGCGUACUCGGUGGUCCAACAAGAUUCGGGCCCUCUCUGUGCGGGGCCACAGCCUCACUAUUACCCAGUGCCUUGCCCACCCCCCCCAGUGACUCUGCUGCUGAAGGCUGUGGAGCCAGCCCAAGAGGGCGGACUCCAGGAGCCCGAUGCUCAGGGGGUCCUGCAGCAGCCAGAAGGUGACGGGAGGGGAGGCCUGAUCUCCCUCGGCGAACAGCGGCCUAUCUUUGUGGUGAAGCCUACUGAGCAGCUGCCUUACCCCGCCUAUCCCAUGCAGCCGCCUUGUCUGGUCCCGGCUCCCGAGCAGUCUCCUUACCAGGUGCCGGCGCAGCCACCGUAUGGCCCAGCGCCCACUUAUACUCUCCCCCCACCUGCAGUGCAAUCCUUCUAUUCCGCCCCCCAGCCUGGACAGGCUGCCAUGUACCACACCCAGCCUACUUACCUGGAGAAGCCCACGUACAUUAUCCAGGGGACUUACACGGGGCAGCCCAUAGACCAACCUCCUUUCCCCGUCCUGCCCCCCGAGACUUCACCGUACGCAGGCCCGGCGGCCCCCUCCUUCCAGACGACAUUCUUGGGCCGCCAGGCCCACUCGACCAGCCCUAACCCUGAACCGCAAGCUCCAGACGAGCAGCAGCCGUACGGCGUGCCCGCCGCGGAGCCCCAGGUGUGUUUGGGCCAGUCACCGGACAUCCCUUUGGCGGGCAUGGAACAGAAGGCCCAGCUAUACUCAGCAGAGACACUGAUGGCCGUUCCGCAGGCGGACGUAAGCAGGGGCAACGAGCAGCUCCGAAGCCCAGCUCCUUCAGUGACCAUCGGCGCUCCAAGAGCUGGCGAGGGCCUGCCCUAUCCUUUGCUGCAGCCAUCCUUCUCCCAGCAGCCUCUCUCCCCGGUCCUGCUGCAGCAGGCCCAGCAGCAGCGUGUCCUGAGUCCUUUCUCGAAGUCCCCGCUCACUCCACAUCAGCAAGUAGUUCGCCCUUCUCAUCUACCAGCAGUGCCGCACCUCGAGCUGCCGACUCCGGAGCUUCCCCGGAGUCAGCAGAGUCAACUCUCGUAUGGUCAGCCUGGCGCCUUCCAGCAGCAGGCCCCCUGCCAGCCCCAUCAAGCACCAGCUCUCGUCCCCCACUUGGCCACCGAGUGCGGUCAGACCCUACCUUGCCAGAAGCACCAGCCUGUGUACAACCAGCCCCAGUGGCAGCCACCACUGAGCCAGGCACCCGUUUCGGGGCCCUUAGAAUUACAGCAGCAGCAGGUGGCAGCUCUCUACCAGACUGCGGGAGGGGCCCUGCCCAAGCAGUGCCCCGUGGCCUGCGUGGGCCAACUGCCCCUGACCGGCCCGGUGCUCCCCACCUCACUUCCCAUCCAAGGCAUUCCCGUCUUGCAAGCCCAACAUCAGCAUCACACUUUAAAAGGCCAGAAUGUUCCAAAGCAGAGCUCCCAGCCUGAAUCCCAGCAGCCAGCAGACCACCUACAUACAGCUCCUCCGAAAGCAGAUGUGACCCACGGCAUUGCUGCCGACGGAACGGCAUCGAAGGAUGGUACCAAGGGAUUUGAGACCCUUCUUGGAAAUGGAAAACCGGAUCGGAUGAAGCAGAGGAGGGCUUCGUGUCCUCGGCCGGAGAAGGGGCCCAGAUUCCAACUGACUGUUCUCCAGGUUUCAACGUUUGGAGACAACAUGGUGGAGUGUCAGCUGGAGACUCACAAUAACAAGAUGGUCACUUUCAAGUUUGAUGUGGAUGGAGAUGCUCCCGAGGACAUCGCCACCUACAUGGUUGAAGAUAACUUUGUGCUCGAAUGCGAGAAGCGGAGAUUUGUGGAAGAACUGCAGGUGGUUGUAUGCCAUGCCCAGGAGAUCCUUCGCACUCACUCUGGUGGGGAGUUGGCUCCAUCAGACUCCAGCAGCUAUCAAACGGGAGCAGCCGAACAAGCACAGAUGAAUCCUUUGCCCAACCAGCAAGGCUGCUCUGACUCUGCUCCUCAGUCCUCCCCAGUUGGUCGCUGGAGGUUCUGUAUCAAUCAGACCACACGCAAUCGGGAGCCCCUGAGCCUUCCUGAGUCACAGCUCCUUGCUGAUUUGGGAAACACUAGCAACAAAGAACUCUCCUCACAGGAUCCGCUCCCUGUGGCAGCUAACGUGCCCCAGGAAGAGCUUUUGGCAUCCACGCCGGAAUCCAAGGAGUUAGUAGACGUGCCCGAGGGAGAUGGUGAAAGACCUCCAAAAUUAGAAUUUGUUGACAACCGCAUUAAGACCUUGGAUGAAAAAUUAAGGAACUUGCUGUAUCAAGAGCACGGCACCGCUGGCCUGUACCUCGAGAGUCAGAGAGACACCCCAAACGCAGAGUCUCCAUUCUCCUCUUCCUCCUCGGCUGAGGAGGCGAUCUGUGGGCCCGGACCGGAACUUUUGGGCGCGGGGUACCACAGAAGCCGAGGAAGCCUCUCGCAGCGGACCGCCGCGCAGCAGGCCAGCUCGGACUUUCCAUCUCCCUCUGCCGUGGCUCAGCCCUCUAGCGCGUCUGUUGUGUUCAAAAGGGAGCCAGCCAGUGUGUCCGCUUCUGUAGCCGUUGAGUUGGAUUCACAUGAGCCGAUGCCUCGUGCUUCCCUUCCAGGGGAUGCAGCUUCGAUGUCGAGUGACAGCGGUAGCGGCAGUAGCAGCAGCGGCAGCGGCAGUGGCAGCGGCAGCGGCAGCGGCAGCCGCAGCGGCAGCCGUAGCGGCAGCCGUAGCGGCAGCCGUAGCGGCAGCGGCAGCAGCAGCAGCAGCAGCGGCAGUGGUAGCGGCAGUGGCAGCAGUGGUACUUUCCAUCCACACGUAACAGCUGAGCCAGAAUUAAGAUCCGGAGCCGCUUCCACCUCGCUGCCUCCCACAGCGGAACCCGCUCUUAACAACUGCGUGGCAACUGGCUCUUUCCAGCGAGGCCGCUUCCAGGUGAUCACUGUACCUUAUCAACAGGUGAAAAAAGUUGAUUUUUGUGAACAAGACCACGCAUCUACAACCAAACAACUCCUGAGCGGCCCCAGCAAAGCUGCUGCCAAAGAGGACUGGCUUUCAUCCCCAGGCCUCAAUUCCUGCCCUGAACCUUGCCGCGAUGACCCAGCUCUGAAAGAAGGGGAACACCUUUUACCUGCCGGCCCGUGUGACAAUGAUGCAACCUCCAUGACUCCAGAGAAAGAUACUUCUGCUACAGAAAGUAGUAUACAAUCAGGACCUGAGCUAUGGCUAAAGGAUAGACCAAUGGUUGCAAUUUGGACACACCCGAGUUCGGAGAGCGAAUCUUCCACACCUCUUGGCCCUUCAGAAGAGCUGGGCAGAAGUCCCGGUGAAGAGAGAAACUGUUGCUUACCAAUCCAAGAAGAACCAUCCUUCAUUCAGUCUCAGAGCGCACUCUUCUAUUCUCCAUCGUCCCCGAUGAGUAGCGAUAAUGAGUCUGAAAUUGAAGAUGAAGAUCUAAAAAUGGAACUCCAGAAAUUACGGGAAAAACACAUCCAAGAGGUGGUGAGCCUUCAAGCUCAACAAAACCGAGAACUGCAGGAGCUUUACAGUCGUCUCCGAUCCAUCAAAGACAGCAAGUCAGAAUCCUCUGACCUGCCGCUGCAGCCUGCAUCUCCUCGACGUCCAAGAUCUUUCAAGAGUAAACUACGAAGUCGCCCUCAAUCCUUGACACACGUGGACAAUGGUAUUGUUGCUACAGACCCGAUGUGCAUGGUGAACAGCACGACAUCUUGCCAACAGUCGCCGGCCAGCAAGAAAGGCAUGUUCACUGACGACCUACACAAGCUGGUGGACGACUGGACGAAGGAAACUGUGGGGAGUGCUCUCAUCAAACCGAGCCUCAACCAACUCAAGCAGAAUCAACAAAGAUUGGAAACAGACAACUGGAAUAAAACUCACGAGAACCCGUCGUCCACGGUGGCCUACACAUCAGCCUGGAUCUCAUCUCUUUCUCAAAUCCGCGGCCCCGUCCCAGCAGCCUUGCCUCAAGGAAUCUCGCUGCCAUCCUUCCCCGGAGCCCUGCCUUCUUACGGAGUGCCCCACGCCUGCCAAUACAACACCGUGGGCACCGCUGGGUAUCCGGUGCAGUGGGUGGGAAUUUCAGGAACAACCCCACAGCCUGUAGUGCUCCCCGGCCAAUCGGUGAGCCCUUUCCAACCCGGGCUGAAUUUGCCAAACUUUCCACCGUCUCCCGUGCAAAACUCGGCCCCAGGCCCCCCCGGGCCCAAGUGAAUCCACUGGUCAGGAAGGUCCCCUCCCCCUCCUGCUGUGGUGCACUCGUCAUUCCGUAGACACGGUCACUUUGUACAGCGGGUACUCCAGCCCCUCGUCCCACUUUGCCACCUGACGUCUUGUAAAACACCGGUCAGGAUGCUUCGGGAAGCUCGCCCUCCGCACCCCCAUUCCCGGAAUACCCAGCCGGCCGUGGAGUUGUUCUUCACGCCACCACCUCGCCUCCCGGCCGCUUUCCUCCUCCUCCACCACCAUUCGGCCCGAUGAGCCUCGGUCAUAAAUCUCGCGUCCCGCUCGGGACGAUCAGCACGAAGCGGGAACCCGGUCACGUGUUCUCCACGGUCCAGCCCAUCGACCACCUUCACGUGUUGCCAUGUUGAAUUUUAGACCAAGGCUCAUCACCCCAAGCCAGCGGGGACAUCUUCCCGUGACCACCUUUGGGGCAUAAACAGAAGGAACCAUCUGGCUGGUGCCCCGCCCCGGCACGCUCCCUUUGAACUGCGCCCCUCUCCUCGUCAUCUCGGGCGCAGGAACCAACCAGCAUUGUGCAUAUAGGGGUCGGGAGGCAGGGUGUGUGACCAACAACUGGGACAGUUCUUUAUACUACUCAGUGUUCUGUGAUCUCCUUGAUUCCUCUGUGCCGCAGGCAGCUGACGAGUGUGUUUGACUGUGGGUGCCCUCAGAGGGUUCCUCGGGACACUGGGGGAAAAGGGCUGGAAGGUUCUAGCCCCUCGUGUGCGUUUCUUUCCCUGGUAGCAAACGUACUUAGGCCAACCCAGCUUUGGAACUUAGGUGACUUCUCCAGGGGGGUUGAGCUUGUGAACCUCUUUAAGUGAGAAAGUCAGGGAGGGGGGCGGGAGGGGACAGCAGGUGGAAGGGGAGGACAGGAAGGGAAGGGAGAAGCUUGGUUGGAAACGCCCCAGAAAGGAGGGCUUUGGGCGUUGGUCAGAGUCAGAACCGACGUGUCAUCUGCUGUUUGAGGAAAGUAGCCCCGCUUCCUCUUCCCUUCCUGAAAUUCCCCAUGAGACCCCUUUGGAGCCUCCCUGGACUUGGCCUCUGGAACCAAAAGAGCCUCGAUUCCGAGGCUCAGCCUUCCAGACACCUAGAGGUACUUGAACUCUUUCCCGUUGACUUGAAAGGUUCUGGGACCUUUCUCCGUGUCUUCAGGUCCCUUCGAGGUCCCUUUGCCUAAUCUUCCCAAUCCUUCCCCCUGGUCACCGGUUUUGACCUCUCCAAGACGAGAUUUAAAGAACGUGUCCCGAGGCUUAGCCAUCACCAUGGCCGAUGAGAUGACUUUUACUUGGUCUGCCCCCUAAAGAGAAUCCAGGCCCCCUCCCCCAACCUUCCUCACCCAUAUCAAGUAUACACAACUCAUCAGAAUUCAGCACAGAGGAGGGCGGGGGUCAUGACACCAACUCUAACCCACCACAGCAGACAUAGUUUGAAUGCUUGCGGCGUCUUUUCCCGUGUCCCUCACGUUUUCCGAUCCCUGAAAAUCUCAUUGACUCGAAGGCAGCGUGCCCUGCACGCCAGUACAUAUAAAUGCCCCCAGUAAUAUAGCCGUCAAGAAUCAGGGCUCUUCUUUUGACCGGGAAGACUUCCUCUGAACCGUUUUCUUUUCACGGAUGACCCCGUCGCUCAUGAAGGGGCCUGGGCUUUGCCUGGAGACACCACCAACCCCAAGGAAGGACAGCGCAGCUGCCGAAGCUCUCGUUACUCCCGUGAGACGCCCCCUCUGGCCCGCUGAGAGUGUCCCCCUUCAUUUGCCUGCAGACUUUUGGCAGUGCCUUGUGAUAAUCCCAAUCUUUUCAGGUUUUUACUGGAAAGGAGAUUUGUUUGAAGCUGAUGGCGAAUGUCCUGCUGCAUCCCUGGGGAGCGCAGCAGCCAGGGAGAACUUGAUAGAGAGAGCCCAGAGCUGGAUCUGUCUUGAUAUCUCUCUCUAAAUGCGGACCUAGAACAGUGAGUCCAGGACAAGUUGAAGACAACUGUUAUGUCCGGCACUGUUGGAAGCCCUUUCCGUUUUUCCAUUCCUUCAGACUCUAGGCACUUUGUACAGACCGGCUAGUUUUCUACUCGAGGAUUUUGCAUCAUUUCGUAAUUUUGCUAAAGGAGAUAACAGUGCUGUUCUCACCUUUUCUGAGGAAUGGGAAACGCCCCUCCGUCCCCCCUCAUUCCGCACCCCCAAAUUCACUCCGACUCAAACCGAUCAAAGAAACGUCCUCGGCGAGAACCCGCUCCAGUGGGAGGCCCCGGCCCAUCCCCGCCGCGCAUCCUGUUUCCAAACUUUGCAUCUCCCCAGCCCCGACACAUCUGAAAAUCUUGACCAGGAUACCCUCUCGGGAGCAGACGCGUGCUCCGCAGCGUGAGCCUGCUGCACGGUACCCUGUCUUCGUAGCCAUGUGGCCGAGUUCCUGGAUCGUGGAGCAUCUUGAGUCGGAGACGGCCAGGAGGAGGAUGGCCGGCUUUCUCGAGCCGAGGACGCAGUGUUUCCAAGAAUUUCCUGUUACAUGACCAAUGGUCGUUCCGAGUUUUUUUUUUCCGGGGGGGGGGGGAGGUUGGGUUUUUGUUGUUGUUUUUUUUUUUUUUUUUUUUUUACCCCUUCCUUGCAAUUUUCUACCAAGCAUGACUUCUAAUGAUUUGACUGCAAAAAAAAAAAAAAAAAAAAUCUGUGAAAGUUGAAAAGGCACUUUUUCUGCUGUGAUUUUUAGAUUGAGUGUGGCUGGAGAUGUAUCAUUUUUGUAACUCCAGGUUCGGUUCUAGUCCAGUUACUUUUCUUUAUCUACCUCGUUUUCAGUGCUGUUUGAGGUGCACAAGUUGACGCUGUUGCCUGUGAACUUUUAUUUGGGGGUGGGGGGAUGCUUGAACUUCAGUAUUUCUUUCAGCCCGGUGGAUCCUCUCAUCCCAAACCCAACUGUGAGCACGGGAGGGCAUGGGGACAGUCCCUGCUCCCCACGCCCGCCCCUUCACGUGAAGCUUUGAUCGAAAUAAGCUUUGGGGAUCUGGGGAGACGCGCUCUGGAGGGAAGGAAGCUUGACUCAUGGUGGUUGAUCCCACAGACGGGAAAUGAGAAAUGAGUUCUCGGGAGAAUGUUGCGAGUUAGACAAUCCCACGCCUCCCCUCCACCGUAGCACGCCUAGCUUUUCAUGCGACAGGAGGACAUCGGCAAGGCGAGCCCGCGCCAGCCUGAUGUCCGCCCCAUCGCCAAACACCAAAGCUUACAGGGCCGUCGCAAUUGCUCUUUGCUGUCUCUGGGCGCUUCCAGACGAUCUGGUUGCAGUUGAUUUCCGAUUUUCAUUUGGGAAAACCCAGGAAGCGAUUGCCCGGCCUCUGUUUUCAGUGUUUCUUUAGCCACCUCGCUAGAUGGACAUUCCAGAAGUACGCCGACCGAAGGUUUUCUCUCUCCUCUCAAGCUUGCCGUUUGUCUGGAGGAGAAUGGAGCCUUUAGGGGCAGAGAGGGCCUGGGCUCUUUUUCCAUAAUGGUCUUCCAUUAUUUUGAUUGCCUUUUGCCCCCCCCCCCCUCCCUUAUUCAGUAGCUGAGCUCUCUGGAGGGAACGAAGCCUACCACCAUUGCAUGUGCACAGCCCCGGGUCAGCAUUGGGAGAAGGGUGAGCCAGCUGGCCGAUCCUGAUGACAUGAAGCUAGGAACAGGAAGGAGAUGGCCUUGAACCCCAAAUCUAGACCCUUGACAGAGAAGGGGGCCUUAGGGUUUGGGAGGUGCUCCAGUGGCCUUUGUGAUGAGUAGGAGCCAUUGGGCAGGGCCAGAGGGGGCAGUGAGGUAGCGCUUGUACCCUGGCCGCCCUUCCCCACUCCGCCCCAGUGCACACAGGAAUAAGCUAGCAGCUCUCUUGAGGGAAAGCCAAAGGAGAGAGUGGAGAAGGGGACCCCUCGCCCGAGGGGCGCCCCCCCAGCCUUGUGAGCCUUUCUCAGCCGAAGCCAUGGGCCCUACUGAAUGAAGGUGCCUUUUUUCUUUGUAGGGGCUCCUUAGGCAGCGUCUGUGUGGGGACCUCACACUGAUCAGGUUGGGGGGGGGUAGCUUCUGCCACACUUCCCCCACAAAAAGAAGCGUCCUGGCCUCAUGGGACCGGUGGGUGACACCCCCCCCCACCUGAGCCAGGGUCAGGGUCUCCCUUCUGGAAAACUGUGACCUUUGUUUUAUUUGUACUCGACCAUGACAAAUGUUUUUCUUUGGGGGGAAUUUUUAUUUGGAAAAGGAAAAUAAAGGUUGUGUUCAUGGA